GUUCAAUGAGAAACUGUUUGAACUCCAGCUUGUACCACCCCUUCAGCAUGCUUAUAUAUAACAACUUUGCUGCAAAAAGAUACACUGAUCGUGGGGAGAAACGUCAACAUGAAGACAUCAUUUUUUGCCCUGUGGCUGUUACCCUGUAUGAUAUAUGGGGCUCACGUGCCUGUACCAAGUAAGAUACAAUGUCUAUUCUUUAUAGGUUUUAAUGUAUACAUUGCAUAGAAUAUGGAUUAAAGAGAACGUUUUAUUUCUGGUAUGAACACUGUUAUACCAUUUGCUCCAUUAUAUAACCUGUAGAGCAGCGCUUUUCAACAUGGGUGCCUUGGCAUACCGGUGUGCCACAAGCUAACCACGAGUUAAAGAGUCACAGUUAAAACUGGGAUUCCCGUCUGGCAAUUCAUUAAAACUAAUCAGAAAAUUUGAUUAGAGGUGUAUAUAACAUGUAUAAGAGUAAAGGUCUGAGUAAGUUUGACAUUAAUCCUAUGUGCAUCUGAAUUUUUUUACUCUUCAAAGUGUAUGUUGGUUCAAGAAGUGUAUGUAUAUAUAGAGAGACAGAUACAUAGAUAGAGUGUUUUAAAUGAUAAUUCCUGGCAAUGCAUUAAAAAUUUUAUUUAAAAAAAUUGCCAUUUACCUUUUGAGUUUGAUAACAUCUCUGUUCAUAGAAGUAACACCUUAAGGACCAGUGACUCUCUAUGAAGCUAUAUCAAUCUGUUCUGAAAUCCUAUUACAUAAAUGAAAUCACCCACCCAGUGAAGGACUGCAGGGUCGUAUAGAGAUGUUGAUGAUGAAUGAGCCUAAUGCCUGCAUUUAGUCUAAAGGAAUCAGAUUAUGAUAAAGGCAAAGUGUAACAUUUGGUCUAUAAGGAGUUAAUCCGUACCUUACCCUACAAGUAUUGGGAUCUGGUUUUUGGAAAUUGUACCUCUUUAAUCCACCUGGCAUUUUAUCCACUUAAAAGGAUGAAAGAAAACUUGUGGCAUUUUGAACCGGGCAGGCUUACAAGAGGAGAAAUGUAAUUAUCAGCAAAUGAAAAUACUUGUCUAGAAUAACAGAAGAAUUUUUACUUUCAAAUAUUACACCUAAAAUACUCAAUAAUAAAAGAGUAUUUAAACAAAAGAGAAAGAAAACUAGAUCUACACGUUUAUUCACUAAAAUAAAAAUUCAAGGUGAAUUUUCAAUUUAAGGUCAAAAUAGCUGUGCUGGAAAACAAUCUUUAAAUCAGUUAUCCUUUCAGUUUGGCUACACUGGCCUUAAAUCUGAAAUUCUCCUUGAACUCACUUUGAAUUCUCACUUUACUAAAUUACUCUGUACGAAUUUAAUAGUCUGUUAAAUCACACUGAUUUGAAAUAUGUUGAUAUAUACAAUCCUAUUAAAAACAUAGAGAAAAAGGAGGGUAACCCCUGAUUGCAAAUUAAAAACAAACAAAAAAUAGUGUAGUUAGUACAAUCUAACAAAAAAAGAAGGGAGCACGGGGUAACACGAUUCUUUACUAAAUUAAAACUUAACAUUUAUUAAUGAUAAAAUAACAUACUUAGAUCAUAAAAAGUAUAAUAUAAAAGUGUCUAAGCCUUUUCAAUGAUCAAAAAUGCCUCUCAGCUCAGGAGGUGAAGUAGUUCUGAUUUCGUUUUCUUUAAAGCAUAAGACAAAGUAGGGACUAUUUUGUCUUGUGGAUUUUUCCUAUGCCUGACCAUCUUUGACCAAAGGAGGAGCUUCCAUUUCAUCCAUUUCCUGUGGUCAAAGAAAAUUUCCCACAAUACUCACCCUCUCCUCCGUGAUCUUGCGUUGUUGCAUCAUUUGCCGUUCGAACGUCCUGUCUGUGUGCUGGUGAAACUGCAGAAUUUCAUACUAGCAGAAUGAGUACAUUUUGUCAAUUCAUGUUAGGAAGACAUUCGGUACUUUUUGUUCGGUUUGGAAUUUCAUUUGCGUGAAUAAAAAAUUCAGAUCCAGUCAGUGCCGCGGUUGCAUCUUGCAGGUGCUUAGUAGAUAGUUUCCUAAUUCCCACAGUACUAGGAUGCCAUAUAGCGGCCGGUGGGGGCCCCAAGUGACAAAAGGGGGGAGGACCUAUUGUCUCAGCCCAUGUUAUUUUGAAAAAAAAAUUUUUAGAUUAUAAUUCAAAACGCAAUUAUUUUCAGAGGUUAAAUGGACGUUACAAGGGCUGUAAUUAUAUAAGAUACCUGUUGAAUUGACUUUUCAUAUUAGGGGUACUUGGAUUCAGUUAUAUAUUACUAAAGGUACACCAAAAAGGUUGAGAAACCAGGGAAUACAAUAUAAGAAUGUUAUCAUUUUCCUUCACAGAAUUUAUUAUUUUUUUGGCAACUUAUUUUUGUUACAUUUGUUCCACCCUUUCCCAGUAGAAGCAAAUAACGUUGCUACUGUAUUUUCGGCCACCAAUGCUGAAAUUACAUCUCUCUCUGAGCAAUUGUACUCUUCGGAUGUGAACAAAGCUGCAUCUGGUGACAUAACCCUGAAUCUUCAGUACAAAGCAAGCAGCUCACAGACCUCCUCAGGAACAGACUUUGCAAGCCAAAAGUAAGUUAAAGACUCCAUAGAGCAAUAUGCAUUGCAAGUAGUACAUGGUUAUAGAAAUCCCUGAUAUUCCAACUGCAGUGGACUAUAAUUUACAUAAUACCUUGGGGGUGGCUGAGUGUUUUGUAAACUGUAGAUCAGAGUGUUGCGAAGGUGUCUGGGACUGCAUAUCUCCAAUAUAGAUGCACAAAACAUGGAAACUGAAACAUUUGGGAAUUUUUUCUUAUCCCUUGAUAAUCCUAAAACUUUGUAACAAGUAACACGUCUAGACUGCAUCCCUAACUGAAACCAGAUAUGUAAAAUGUAUGUCUACAGCAGAUUAUUUAGUAGAUGAUGUGAGAAAACAUGACAAGUAUAGUAGUAUACCUUUCUCCUUUGAUGUCAGGGGGUGGGGGAGGGGAAUAGGUAACUACAGAAACCUUUUUUUAAAUCGCUGCAGUUUUAAGAUACUGUACAAAUGGAGCGAGAUUUAGGCUUAAGAGACCUUCUUGAACUAUAACCCAUGAGAAUAGAUUUUUAUGGUGUUUAAAAUUACUCACUGAUGACCAACUCAGCAAUAGCCAACUCAGAAAUGUAAAAAAAGUCUUGAGAGUUUUCCGCAUAGCUUAAAGGCUUCUUUAGCAAAAAAUAUUAGCCAACUCUCUAAUAAAGAAAAAAAAGGAUAAAGAAAAAUAGUUUUGUGUAUUCAUUAAACUCAGAAUUUUCACAAAUUAAAGUUAAACUGCAAAAUCGAGAUGAAAAUAGUCAAGUUGUGGCUAUGUGAACAAUAAAUAAAAUAUGUGUCUGGUGGAACUUAUGCAAAGAAAUACAAAUAUCAAUAGUGGUUUAAACCACCUAAAAAGUUCUAGUGCAUUUAGACGUGCACAUGGUUCAGUAGAAUGACUUAUAGUUCAUCUGGUUCUUGCUUUCAAAUUUCUACAUAAUGCUGCUCCCACCUAUCUAUCCUCCCUUAUACACAAGUAUGUCCCGUCUAGGCCCUUACGAUCUGCUGAAGACUUACGUCUAUCUUCUGUCCGUACUCCCACCUCUGAUGCUCGCCUUCAAGAUUUCUCAAGGGCUGCACCGUUCCUGUGGAACUCGCUUCCCUCCUCCUGUUAGAUGCUCACCCAGUCUCCACUCCUUCAAAAAAUCGUUAAAAACCCACUUCUUCAUAAAAGCGUAUCAAUUAAACUGUUAAUAGCUCCUAACUGAUUCCUCUUCUGCAACUGUCAUUAGUCUAAUACUAUCCUUACCUUUUUGUGUCAUUUUACCCCACUCCCUCUAGCAUAUAAGCUCAUUGAGCAGGGCCCUCAACCCCUCUGUUCCUGUGUGUCCAACUUGUCUGGUUACAACUACAUGUCUGUUCGUCCACCCAUUGUAAAGCGCUGCGGAAUUUGACGGCGCUCUAUAAAUAUCAUAAUAAUAAUAAUAAUCGUAACAGAGAGAGAAAAAACAUAUAGUGUGUUAUUUAAUUCAACAAAUUAAACCUAAAAACAAUGGACAGGCACUCCUAAAAAUAAAGCACAACCCAAGUGUGCUAGUAGCACUUUGCCUAAUCCCUUUAAACAAUUAGUAGUUGUGGUUUUGAAGGGUACUGGAUAGGCAUUGAAAUUGGUAAUGUGUUGAAAAUCCUGGUAAGUAGUGCAUGGCCCAAGAUAUUCCUCCUUCUUGGUCACACAAAGAAACAUACCGCCACCAGGACGAUAGGGUGAAACCCUUCUUGAUAUUAUUGUUGCUAUAUUCUUUCAUAGACCAGAAGGGGCUAAAUCUUCCCCUUAAGGGGCAUUCAGGCAUUAAUAUAGGUCAAAAGUUGUGAAAAAAGUAAAAAGAGAAAAACUAACAGACAGUAUUACAGGCCCUUUGAGAACGCCAUUCCUAAAGGGACACUCUAGGCACCCAAACAAUGUUAGCUUGAUGAAGCAAUUUUGGUGUAUAGAUCAUGUCCCUGCAUCUCACUGCUCAAUUCUCUAAAAUUUAGGAGUUAAAUCACUUUGUUUAUGCAGCACAUGUCACACCUCCCUUCUUAAACACUUCCUGUAAAGAGAUGUUUACAAGUUAGACUUACUUAUCUCCUGCACUGUUAAUAGCAUUUGAGACACUGCUGGAGCCUCCUGUGUGUGAUUGAAGUCCAAUUUAUAGAGCAGGAGAUAAAAACUCCUAAAAUAUGUAAACAUCUAAUGGAAAGUUAAACAAUUUUUUUUUCAUGCAGGUCAUGUGUUUUACAGCCAGGGGAGGUGUGACAAGUGCUGUAUAGGUAGAAAAAAAGGGAUUUAACUGCUAAGUGGCAGAUAAUUGAGCAAUGAGACUGCAGGGUCAUGAUCUAUACUUCAUUAAGCUAGGGUUGGUUUUAUGCCUAUGGUAUCCCUUUAAUUAGACCUCCCGACCGGAAGAGAGGAGUCAUCUGGAGAGAAAGGUACUUGCAUGCAAGUUAGCAGAAGCAAUAACUCAGUUUGGUAAGGAAUAUAGGGAACAGCAAAGUCAAAACUCUAGCCAAGGUCACCCCAAAAAAACACACAGUAUUUUCGAGCUAAAUAAAACAAUGACAUGGCAACAGCCGCCUCAUCAAUGCCUAUAUAUGGAGAAAUUUCACUUUGGGUAGUUGUAAGCUUUGCUGUCUCCAUUGCAAUCGGACCAUGUUAGAAAAAGUUCUGACAGUUUCGGAACAGGUAGGUACUCUGACAUCUGCUUGCUAUUUAACAAAUGAAUUUAUAACAUUAUCUGUGUUCACUGACUUGGAUAUGUAACAUUCCAAAUGCAAUUUCAUCUUUUUGAAUUGUUUAUUGUGCCUGGGGUCCUCCGGCACCUUAAUUUAGUAUUAAACCAUUUUCAAGCAAAGGCCUUCUAACCACACCAAUUCAUACAAGUAAUGGGAGCUGUGGUAGGCUGAAAGUGAUCAACUAAAACUAUCCAUUGCUGAUCAGGCUAAUGCUUCCUAUUUAGUCCAGCCAGCACAAGGUGUAUUGGCUGCUCAGGACUCUGUUUUGAAUUAGAACAUUAAAAAUGGUUUAACACUGAAUGGAAGAAUAGCAUCAGGGGACUCCAGCAACUACAACCACUUAAAUAAGUUGUCCAUUCCUAGAUUUGGAAUUUUCAUAGAACCAAUUGUAUAGUUCUGGGCUGUACAUACAUCUAAUGUGAGUUUUGAUGUUCAUUUUUAAUUAAACAUGUAUUCUUUUUAGGCUUUUUAGCUAUGUGAAUGAAGCCAAACUGUUUGCCCGCCCAACCUUUGCCAGAUUCAAAGCUUUGCUUGACAAUUAUAUAACGAUAACAGGAACUGCAGAGUCAGUGCCCACAGCAGAAGUGCAGGAACAAACAGCAUUCUUAGAUGAGGUCUUCAAAACCACUGUCAUAUCCAAGCUAAGCUCUUUCUUCAUCUCCAAAGGUAAACCAAAAUCCAUAAAUUGCAUUAACAGAACAUGUGGAACACCUCUCACACUGCACCCCUCACACACACGUUGCAACACACACACAUACACUGCACAUUUUCUCAUAUGAAAGCUCUUCAGUGGGGUUCUGCACAAGGGGUGUGCUGGAAGAGCAUUGAACUGAUAUGCUAACUUUAAGAGGGGAGUGCUUGUUAUAGGUUAUGACAAAACACGCCCUAUCUGACCCUGACACCCUUCUCACUGGGCCACUGUGAUUAAAAAAAUGCCUGGGCUGAAUUAUUUUUCUAGUCCGGCUCUGCUUAAGCUUGAGCAGUAUUUUAUUCUUCACUUACUAUCUUGUUUUGUCCCAAGUAUCUGAAUACCUCAUAUGCAACAGGGUUGAUGUUCCAGGAGGGAUAAAGCAAAUGGCCAACUGACAUUUAAUGUGGCUAUGUGCAAAAUAAUGCAUCUUGGGCGUAAAAACCCAAGGGCAGAGUACAGAAUAUUUGAUACAGUGCUAACCUCAACACCUCAGGAAUGGCAUUUAGGGGUAAUUAUUUCAGAUGCGUGGGCAGACAAUGUAAUAGAGCAGCAGGAAAUGCUUAGUUGUAUAGAGAGAGGUAUUAGCAGUAGAAAGAGAGAAGUGCUCAUGCCAUUGUACAUAAUAGAAUUGUGCACCAAUUAAAUUUUCGUUUCUUACGAAUGAUUUUGUACUAAAUAAAAAUCUCAUUUAUCAAUCACGAAUUUCGUCCGCAAACCAUUCGGACAAAAUAAUUUGUUUUCAUCCAUUUGGAUGAAAACAGCACUGCGCAUGCACAAAAACAAACAAACAAGGAGGGUGCCGGCAGUGCUACCAGCUCCCUCCUUGUAACAUUAAUCAUUCGUUCCCCCUCCCCCCCCCGCAUUAACCUAUGGGGGUCACUUUGACCCCCAUAUUAAUAAAAGGGAGGUUAAAUCAUCCCGCAUGCAUCUACUUGUGGCAUUUAAAACUACUAGCGUCAUUUAAAACUACUAGUGACUGGGCAGCUAUUGCUCUGUCCAUGAGAUUCCUGUGCUGAAACCUCCAAGGGAAUUGUCUCCUUUCAGGAUACAAAUGCUCCCUCUGGUUGGCGUUCAUCUAUAUGAAAUAGCGGCCCAGUUAAUUGGUUGGAGCGUUCUAAUGGGCACUGGGGUGGUGCUCAUUUGGGAGACGAACGAGUCAGGAAGCAAUCCACGAAUGCUCCCCCUGGCUGGCGUUCAUUUAUACGAAAUGGUGGCCACCCAGGGGAGCACUCAUUAAUUGCUUCCCUUGUGGUUUUGCAACCACGCCAGAGGUGAGAAUGUUUUACUUGAACGUUCUACAAGUGUUCUAAAUGGGAUAUCGGGGUGGUCCUCACUCGGGAGUUAACCCCUUAAGGACCAAACGUCUGGAAUAAAUGGGAAUCAUGACAUGUCACACAUGUCAUGUGUCCUUAAGGGGUUAAAGGAGUUCCUUUCGUAGGGGCACUCCCGAAUGAGGAGCAGGUACAAUAGAAGAAGGGCAAGGGGAAAAACACACAGUAUAAGUAGAAAGCACCCGAACAAGCGGUGGUUCCACCACAGAUGUGUUUUCAUAUGCUUUCAGUAAAUAGGGAUUAAUGUGUGUAACUUUCAGCGUGUGCUUGAGUCACAAUGUGUGUGUGUUACUAACACAGUUAGUAUUAGUUGUUUGUGUAGACAUGUUGGUUUGCAUUAAAAGUGGGUUUAAUUCACUGAGAAAAUAAUUAAUGCUGUCUAUUGAAUGGUUUGUGUGUUGUAUACCUUUCCAUGAACAGGUUACUAUACAUCAGCAGCUAGCUUUAAGUCUGACCUAAAGGAGAUGUGGUUUGGUCUUUACACCCGUACCAAGGGCCCAUUGGAUUCUUCUGGUUUUGAACACGCUUUCCAUGGUAAGGAAAUACAACUGCUAUAUCUGUACUAGUGAUAUCGACAGGGUCAGCAUGCUCAGAGAUCAGUCUGCAAGCAGUGAUAAUAUCUCAGAUAGUUUAACUGAUUUCUGAGACUAAUUCAUAUAUACCUGGUAUCAAGUAGAUCAAAGUGAUUGUGGAGAUGGGGGAGGUGAUGUGUUGAAGAACUCAUGCCUGGUGAUAUUGCGAUGGAACCAAGACCUAUGCUUGCAGAAGUACAAAUCUUUGUUAGGGCUUUAUCUCAGUCAGUGCCAUGGUCAAAUAAAAGCACAGAACUCUGGAAAAUAACGCCAUAAUGGGGAGGUUGCAUACAAGCAUUGGACUGUGAAGGAUGCCACUAUAUACAGCACAGUCCAUAAAGCCUAGGCCCACAUAUUGCAGGGAUUGGCUUAUUAUAAACCUGUAGAAUGAAAUAGAGUUGGAAACUGGGAGAGAAGCACAAGGAUGGUUAUAGGACCUUCUCUCUCAGAAUGUUGAGUUUUUUUAUAGUUUAAUCAUAUGAUGUUAAAAGCUCAGUGUAUUCCUGCCACAGCAGUGUAUCAUAAACAUUUUUGAUUAUGUAAAUUUUGAAACCAUAAGCAUGUAGAUGUCCUUUUAUCAGAAAUGCACUGAGCUGAGGUGCAAUAAAUAGAUGUUGUCUUUAAACAGGUGAGAUCCAUAACGGGAAGAUAUCUGGAUUCCACAACUGGGUGAAACUGUAUCUAGAGGAGAAAUCAGGCCAACUCAACUAUUUGAGUUACAGCGUUGAUGGACCAGUAAGUUAAUUAAGUUAGGUGGCUUUUAUAGAUGCUCUGUCUAGAGAAGGGUAUAUGACAGUUGAAGAUUAUUAUAUAAUGUUAUACGUUUAUAUAUACAUAUAUAUAUAUAUAUAUAUAUAUAUAUAUAUAUAUAUUAUUUAUUUAUAAAAUAUUUGACCAGGAAAGAUACAUUUUCUCUUGUUUUCAAGUAUGUCCUGGGUCCACAAAACAUUGCAUUGAUACAAUAGGGUACGAUAUAUAUAUAUAUAUAUAUAUAUAUAUAUAUAUAUAUAUAUAUACAGAUGUGAAAACAGAUGUGAAAUCUAAGUCAAAUCAAUAUUUGCCCUUACCACCCACUGCCUUCAAAAGAGCAUCAUUUCUACUAGAUAUACUUGCUCAUAGUUUUGUAAGGAACUUGGCAGGUAGGUUAUUCCAAAUAUCUUUGAGAACCAGUCACAGUUCUUCUGUGGAUUCUAGCAGCCUCAUCUGCUUUUGCCUCUUCAUGUAAUCCCAGGUGGGCUGAAUGAUGUUGAGAUCAGGGCUUUGUGGGGGCUUUGUCAGAUUUUCCAAGACUUUGGCUGUAUGUUUGGGGUCAUUGUCAUGCUGCCCAUUUGGGACCAAUCAGAUGUCUCCAUGAUGGUAUUGCACGAUGGAUACAUUUCCCAAGUCCAUUUGCAGCAGUGCAGCCCCAGACUUGCAAGGAAUCUCCACCAUGCAUCACCAUUGCCUGUAGACACUCAUCGGUGUACUCCUCUCCAUCCCUUUAGCAUAUAAACUGCCUUCUUCCAAAUAUUUAAAACUGUGACUAAUGAGUAAAGUGUACUUGAUGCCAAUUUUCUGCUGCCUAGUGCCUGUGUUUUAGUGCAUAAUUGAGUAACUUGGCCUUGUUAAGUCACUUGGUCUUGUUUCCGCAUGGUAGGUAUGACUUUUGGGCAAGUCUUCUAUGAACACCAUUUCUAGCCAGCCUUCUCCAGAACGUAGAUGAGUGCAACAGGGUCCCACUUGUUUCUGCCGAUAGUGAGCUGAUAUAAAAAGGCAAAAUAUGUCCAGCACUCCUUGAUAAAGCUUGCUAAAGACAGGGUCUGUCAUAAUAUUGUUGCAUUGUUUUUUGGGUGCCUUUAAAUGGAUCUUACACAACAAGGAGUUUUUUUUCUUUUGCUCACUAACUUUGCAGUUUGCUAGAUGAUAAAAAUAAAAUAUUAACAUCAUUUUAAUACCCGCCUAUAUAGUUUGCACGGUGGUGUAUAACCAAACUAAAUCUAAUGUGGUGAGAGCACUCUAAAAUAUAACUUUUAUUGAUAAACGUUCAAACGUCCCAUAGAGAGAUCUAAAUAGUCUGAAUAUAAAAUAGAAAGAUAUAUAUAUAUAUAGUUUGAUGGAAGUUUUGCACUCCAGCUCUCCUUUAAGUUUUGGCCUGGUGCUCAGCUGCACAUUUCUUGGAGGAUAUAUAUAUAUAUAUAUAUAUAUAUAUAUAUAUAUAUAUAUAUAUAUAUAUAUAUAUAUAUAUAUAUAUACACAUACAUACAUACACACACACACAUACAUACAUACAUACAUACAUACAUACAUACAUAUAAAAUAUAUAUGAUAGAAAGAUAUUUGUUAAAAAUCUAAGUAUCUCUAUGAGUAGGUGGGAUACGGAAGGUAUCAAUGGUUAUUAAGGAAAGGUAGGAAUAGAUAUCUUUUGGUUAAGAUAGGGGAUAGUAAAGUAUCAAAUAUAUCACUAUGCGCUGCAGGAAUAACUGUUGCUACUAUGUAUCACAUAGCUCUAUAAGAAAAACUAAUGGUGAUUUGUCCAGCGAGUUAGAUAUUUGCCUUAGGGUAAUAGUGGUAUAGGCAAAGGUAGUUAGACUUGCAGACUGAUAUCUGUGUAUACAUAAGUGUGAUAGACAGCGAGGGUGCAUGCAACGGUUGAUCCCUAGUCUUGUCUAAAUAUAGAUGUCUAAUCCCUACAAAGUUAACAACCGGCACAUGUCCUCUCCAUGUUUCCAAUUCAAACUUAAAGAAUAUGUACAAAUUAUUGAAAUACCAUCGUCCCCAAAUACAGCUAGUCCUUAGAGAGAUCCAAUGUGAGAAUAAGUACACAAGUCAGCUAAAUGAUAAUCCUAAUGGAGCCCCAGGAGGGGGGAGUAGUAAAGUUAGAUAUAAAUCAUAAGUAUAAAACUAGAAAAGCGCCAGACUAUGCACUCACCGCACGUUUCACUCUGGACCGCGUAUAUUCUGCAGCUUUCCUAGUGGGAAAAUAUAUUUCUAUGUAUAUAUAUAUAUAUAUAUCUUUCUAUUUUAUAUUCAGACUAUGCCUUUAGAUCCCGCUAUGGGACGUUAUAACAUUUAUCAAUAAAAGUUACAUUUUAGAGUGCUCUCACCACACUAGAUUUAGUGUGGUUGUACAAUUAUAGGGCUCAAACCCCUUGACGAAGUGGUGAAGCUAUUUCUCUCACUUAUUGUUAAUUGUGGUGGACGAGAUAGAUCUCUUUUUUCCACAGUGGUGUUUAUAUACAUUACGUAAUAUGUAUUUCUAUCCAUUUCUAUUCCAAACUAGAGUAGUCAUGGCUAUGUGCAGGACUACAAUAAUAUGAGUUUCAAAAUAUGAACAGGAUAACUUUAGCACAAUCUCUUAAGUUUUUCAUCUUAUCUGUAUAAAGUUCUGGAAUGGAAAGAAUUCAUGAUAAAUGAGAGUGAUGUCAAAGUCUAAUUCAUGUUGGGGGAAACUCUACAGAAAAUCAUUCUUAAACAUUAUGUGGCGAGUCCAUGAAUUUAGCAAAACACACUCAAGUACCUAAUUCUUAGUUGAAUAUAAGAUCCUCGGUAAGUACAUUUUGGGGGUUGACAAACAAUCCAGAAUUAUAUUCACUCUCUUUAGGUUUCUGACCCAGCUAUACCAUCCAGGUACUAUAGAGGAUGAUUGUAAUAUAUAAUUUCCUUUCCUGUGGUUAAGCAGUGGAAAUCUUAAAAACAUUUUUUAAAGUCAAACCUAAAAACACAACAUUUCCAGUGCACAUCAGGCAGGCUGCUGACAUAAAUGGAGUGUAGUUUAAAGUAAAAUGUGGCAAUGAAGUGUAUGCAUGUCAAAUUGUGUUCUAGGUUUAGAAAAGGGCCUGGGAUGCAAAACUCAACUUAACUCAUUUCUCAAAUGUCUAUUAUUUUCCAGGACACAGUUGAUUCUGGAUAUCCUCUGUUUAAUGUAUUCUAUAGGAAAUGUCACUUUCCAGGAUAUUUUAAAUUAUUUUUUUACUUAUUCUCAUAUUUUAAAAAAUUAGGUUUUUGCAGUCUAAAAAUAAUCAAAUAAGGACAUCUCUGUAAAUAGCUCUGUCUUUAGUCUUGACACCCUGUUAAACACUGCUAUAAGUGUUGCCUUUUUCUGUCUCUAAUACGUGGAGGUGGAUAAACUGAAACAAUGGCAGAGAUUUAUGAUAGUGUUGUGUUCCUGAAAGUGUUGCAAAUAUGUAUAAGGAUGCAUUACCAGUGGAAUGUGUGUGCUGUGAUUGUCCUACUUUUUUAAUUUUGCUCAAUUUGCCGAACACGACACUUUGAUAAAUGCAGUUUGUUCCCUGGUGUAAGGACUAACCUACAUUGUGAUGUCAACUGGUAAAUCCUAAAUAUACAUUUAAAGGGUUACUCCAACCACUAUGACCACUUAGUAAUUUGAAGUGGUCAUGGUGGUAGAAGUCUAGGUAUGCAGUGUUUCUGCUUGAAACACUGCUCAUCCACAGUUAUUUAUUAAUUGUGUGCCAGGGGCUAGUCGCACUUUCAGCACAUGUGACAUAGGCAGACCAGAACUCUGUUCCAGGCUGCUUUAUGUCAACUUUGUGCAUAUUUGCAUGCGUUUGCUCUGAGCUGGCAAUCACAGGCUUCUCUUUAGGAAGCUUGUGAUAGAACUGCGCAAGUGCUGGGUGACAUCAGGACGGGCAUGGAAGGUCAGUGCUGAUAGCUUUGUCCAAUGCUGGAUUAAGAUAAGUACAAACCCUGAUGUAAAAUGAUGUGAAAUCACUUUUUAAGUUAAAGUAAUGCAGGAAUAAAGAUUUUUCAACAAUUUCUCCCUGCUCAAUCUAUCAUGUAGUGUAUUAUUGCUGAUCCCAUAUGAAAAGCUGGCAACUGAAAUUGAUAUCUAGUAAGUCACUCUGGUUUAAAAAGUGCAUUGUGAGCUUGUUUAGUGCCAUACAAGAACUCCCUUGGCAUGUUCCCAAUGUCCCUUUUAUAGCAGUAAGUGCAUGUAUGGGUGCCUGGUUGACUGGCUGGCAACAUGUGAAUGCCGGCUCAUUCAUAUGUUGCCACCCUAUGUCACUCACGCACCGUUAUAUGACAUGAAAUGAGGGGAAGUAGUCUGCUGCAUACCUCACCAUUCCAAUUUCAAACAUCUUAACCUAACAUUUCAUGGUUUUUGUAUCUUUCUCAGUGGACCACUUAUCCUGAUGUAUAUGGACUACAAAUCAGAUGGUCUUCCUAUCUAAAAACCCUGAGCUCCAUGUUCAUUGGAAGCAGUCCAGAGUUUGAGUUGGCAAUCUACACUCUCUGCUAUGUAACCCGUCCUGAUGGUUUGUAAGUACUUCCGGUUUCAAACUAGUAAUAUGUUGGUCAUUGCAUACCUAUGAACAUAUACAGGAUUCUUCACUAAUGUUUCAAUGCUGGGCUCAUAUGAUUUAGACAAUUCAGGCCAAGAACAACAUUUUGUUACUUGUUGCAAUUUAUCACAAUUUACUCAACACUGAAUGACAAUUUAAAACGGAUUACUGGUAAUUCAAUGUCUUUAAAGCUAAAGGUAUGCUUCAAAAGUGGAUGAAGAAUAUAUUAAAUUUUUUCUGGCCAAUAUGAGUUUUCUUCUGACAUUAUUUCUGUUUUUUAAAAGGUGUUAUGGCAUCUCUAAUGAUUCCUUUUUUCCUAUUUUUCCCUCUGUGACUAAUGAUAUUUUUUGUUCUAGGUGCACUGUCAGCCUGGGUGGCAAAACACUGCAAAUUCAAACCUACACCUGGGCCAAUUCAACCUAUGGAAGUGGCAAAAGAUAUGUCGCAUCUUCUUAUCCUGUCGUUUAGUGAAAGCAGCAUGAUUUCAAUAAACAUAUAAACCUGCACCUCGUGUAAAUGGCAUUA